AUGACUCAUACCUUGAACGACAUCGAAAAAGAAAUACAACGUACUAUUGAUUUAAAUACAAACAUAACUGAAAAAAUUCGAAUCAAAAAGGGUAUGUUGGCACUUCUUAAACAAGAAAUCGAAGAUUUAUAUCUCGAAC